AUUUAGGGAUCAAAAUACCAAAACAUUCAAAAAUUAAAAUACCCAUAUAUGCAUAGCUAGAAGGAAAAUACGCCAAUUAUCCGUUACACAUAGAUUCAGAGCCUAUCUAUUAUCUUAUGAAGGCUACAUCCAUAUGCAGUAUAGAAGGCCGCUUUGAUUUUCUUCUUGUUCUUCUUUUCUUUUCUUUUUUUUUUUUUGGUUUUUUGUUUUCUGGAUGCUUCCCAUGCCCUUCGUUGGAAAAUGUUGAAACGUUUAUUACGAUGACAAACUUUGGCUAUCAAGUUUAGUUUCGAUAAGGAUUCUUUUAGUCUUUUUCUUUAUUUAUUCAUUUAUUUAUUUGUUAAUCUUUUUGAAUAUCCAUUUCCAUACUCAACCCACACCGGACCCCUUACAAUUUCAUCGAGAAGUUGUUGAAAAAUACUGGUCGUCUCUUUCGAUCAGAUAGGGAGGUGCUAUAGUGAGUGUUUGGGGCCUUCUGUUGUGGGUCGAACACUCAGGAGAGCAGGGGGAAGUGCUAUAGUUUGUGUUAAAGCCCCAAUUUUCCAUUUGCUUCAAGCAACCACAAUCUAGGAACCAUCUUUACUGUGUCACUCUGUGUAUCCGGAACAAUGGAACUAGCUGAUCAACUCAACAGAGUCCAAGGCAUAGUCCAAGCUGGCCUCACCCAAGUCCCUCCCCAGUACAUCCAACCCCCCCAAAACCGACCCAUCCGUGCUCCUCUAUCACCAUCCAUAACUGUUCCUGCAAUUGACCUUUUCGGUUUUGACCCGGACCGUAGGGAUUCAGUUCGAGAAUCUAUUGGGCAUGCUUGCAGAGAAUGGGGUGCCUUCCAUGUCACUGGCCAUGGAAUCCCCAUUGAGUUGCUUAGGCGCGUUAAGGAAAUAGGCCUCACCUUCUUUAACAACAGCUCCAUUGCCGAGAAGCUCAAGUAUGCUUGCGAGCCCAACUCUGCAGCCUCUGAGGGCUACGGAAGCCAAAUGCUGGAGCGUGAUGACACCAUUCUUGACUGGAGGGACUAUUUUGAUCAUCAUACCCUGCCUCUUUCUCGUCGCAACCCUUCAAGGUGGCCCCACUCACCAGCAGAUUACCGGCAGGUGAUCGCCGAGUACAGUGAUCGAAUGGGCUCACUGGCAAAAGACAUUCUGGGGUUGGUUUCGGAGAGCCUAGGGCUUCAAACUCGGUGCAUUGAGGAUGCGGUUGGAGAGUUCUAUCAGAACAUUACUACUAGCUACUACCCACCUUGCCCUCAGCCAGAGCUUACAGUGGGUUUGCAAGCGCAUUCGGAUUUCGGUGCAAUUACUUUGUUGAUCCAGGAUGAUGUAGGGGGCCUUGAGGUUCUGAAGGAUGGAGAAUGGGUGCUUGUGCAGCCAUUAGGUGAUGAUGCCAUUGUUGUUCUUUUGGCUGAUCAAACCGAGAUACUAACCAAUGGGAAGUACCGGAGUGCUCAACAUAGGGCCGUGACAAAUUCCACUCGAGCACGGCUUUCUGUGGCUACUUUUCAUGACCCAGCAAAGACAAGGAGAGUAUCUCCAUGUUCGGAUCUUAUUGAUGAUUCUUCUCCUUGUAUGUACCGUGAGGUUUUAUAUGGGGACUAUGUAUCCUCAUGGUAUACAAAGGGUCCAGAAGGAAAACGCAACAUUGAUGCACUUUUGCUCCAGCCUUAGAUUGUUCAAAAUCUCCAGUCCUAUCUUUCUUGGGUUAUUCUAAUUUUUCUUCACCAUCAAAUUUUUUUCCAAUGGAAUCACAGAGCUUUUUCUGGACUCUGUGUGAGAGACUAUAGUUUCAACUCUCCUAUCCAUACUUCUUCCUUUCUCUAGAGGCAGUGGACAAACAAGUCUGAUUCUUUUAACAAAUUAAUUCACAGUGGUGUAGAUGAAUUUAUUUAAUUUUCUUUAUUUUUUUGGGUAAAUAAAUUUAUAUAUUUUUCUUGCUUCACUUUUUUCUAGACCAAUUCAGAUUUCAGAUCAGCUGGUAGUGGUUGACGUGAUGUAACAUCUGGCUACUCUGUGCCAACCUAGCCUUGUCAUUGGCAUGAUUUACAUCCAUUGGAAUGCUUUACUGUUUUGGUGUUUAUGUAUGUGAGAUUGAACGUGCAAUUUCUUAGCUGUGGUGUGA